AUGUCCCCCGACUCAAAGCAUCGCCACAAGCGGGCUCUGGGUGAUGUCGAGGACCUCGUGCGGGGGGCGGUGGAGAAGACGCUGCGCAGGGGCGAUGCCUCCUCUGCCAUCUAUGAAGCCAUCUCCUUGAAGCAGGAGAAUGAGGCCCUCCGGGCCAAGCUGACGGAGGUGGAACGGAUAGACGACGAGGAAAUCACCCGCCUCUGGUCCAUCAUAGGUGGGCGGCGACGGGGGUCCAGCGCCGGAUAG